GAAGCGUGUAUUUAUCCCACCAACCAAUCGAUACCCAGAACCCCACAAAUUCAAUCACAACCCGCUCCGCUCCACAGCCUUCAGCUCUGCAAGCGAGGGAGAUAAACAAACUAUGGCGAGGCGGAGCGGCAUGUUCCUCCUGAUCGCCGCGGCCGCCCUGCUUGCCGCCGGCGCGGCCGUGCCGCCGUCGUGCGAGCGCAGCGAGUGCCCGGCGUACGACGUGGUCGACGCCGCCAACGGGUUCGAGAUCCGGCGGUACAAGGACGCCAUGUGGGCCUCCACCGCGCCCAUCGAGGACAUCUCCUUGGUCGCCGCCACCCGCUCCGGCUUCCUCCAGCUUUUCAAGUACAUCCAGGGGAAGAACGCGUACAACGCGACGAUCGAGAUGACGGCGCCGGUGCUGACGCGGGUGUCACCCAGCGACGGGCCCUUCUGCGCCUCCUCCUUCGUCGUCAGCUUCUACGUGCCGGAGAAGAACCAGGCGGACCCGCCGCCGGCCGAGGGCCUGAGCGUGCAGAGGUGGGCCGGCGCCAGGUACGCCGCCGUGCGCCGGUUCGGCGGCUUCGUGGCCGACUCCGACGUCGGCGAGCAGGCCGCGAUGCUCGACGCCAGCCUGCAGGGGACCAGGUGGGCCGCCCCCGUGUCCGACGGCCGCAGGGCCGACGCGGCGACCGCGUACACCGUGGCGCAGUACAACUCGCCCUUCGAGUUCAGCGGCAGGGUCAACGAGAUAUGGAUGCUCUUCGACGGCAACGACGCAUCUUCUGACAUGUAAUGUGUGAGCUAGCUAGCUGCUGCACAAAUUAGAGUGGCAUGAUCUUUAAGCUCCUGAGGCGACGAAUAAUGUUUAGCUUAAAAACUGCGAGUAAAUAAAGUGCAUCUUUUGGGGGGAAA